GGUGGCGGUGCUGCCCGGCACUGCAGAGCCAAGUGAGGAGCAGUAGAGGUGCAGAGCAGGCAGGGGCAGGCGGGGCUAGCGGAGCUCCGCCGCUCCUCGCACGCGCCGCCGCGCGCACACCCCCGGGGCUGCUGCUGCUGCCUCGCCACGCCGCGAAUCGCGCCGCCCGCUAGCAUGAGGAGGAAAAAACCCGUGGAGCAUAAUUUCUGUUCCAGCUAAAAACCUGAACGGCUGUAACCCCCACCCCACGGGUUGCAGAGGAAGGGGAGAAGCUGCCAGCCCAACAGGGGUCCUCCCUGCUGAGCUACCCGCGCCGGGCUCCCUGGGGUCUCUCCUUGCUACCAGCCGCCGCCGGGGGAUAAUGAGGGACCCGUAUUUCAAGCCGUCCUGUAAGCAGCAGAACCGGGGCUGAGGAGAGAGGAGCAGCUCCUGAGACGCAGCGAGGAAGCUGCCUCCUCCCGGGGAUUGGGGUGCCUGGUGCUCGCCGAUCGCCUCUCCGCCCAUGUGCUUGACUUGUGUCCAGCUGAACAGUCGAUAGAGAGAGCCCGGCUGGAAAGAGACUCCCUUGCUGGGUGGGGGGAUUAGGAAGAGCAGGGGGUCGGGAGGGCUGCCGCUGGCGUUCCCCGCCUUACCAGGGGUGCACUGAGCCUGAGAAGAGAUGCCUUUGUGCCCGGUCCUCGCCAAAGGAUAGCGCCGUGGAGGAGCAGGAAGACAGGGAGGAGGGGGCAAGCAUCUGCCCUUCUCAUUGCAGGCUUUGCAGCUAGUUUACUCGGAAUACAUCGGUUUUCCCCCUCUGACAUACAGGUGCAGCAGAGGGAAGUGGAAUCAGGGAGAUACAGAGCGAGCGAGCUGCACAAAGGUAAAACGGGACUGCAUGUCUUUGUGUGGCUCCUGGUUUUAAGGGGGGCGGGGAAGGAAGGGAAGGUUCUGCCUGUCAAGUGGGGAGCGAUUGGAAAGUAAGGGGUUGCAAAAAGAAAAAGAGGAAGCAUCUGAAAAAAGGGGAGUGAGGAGAGAAGCAGGAAGGGAAAGAAAAGAGGAGGUAAGGAGAGAGAAUAAGAAAGAGGAAGGGAGACAGAAAAGUGCAGAAAGGCAGAGAAACAGGGAAGGAAAGAGGCAGGGAGAGAGAAGAGUAGAAAAGUAGAGAGUGAAGGGGAGAGGCAGACCCUUGCCCCCUUGUGCUGUGCAAGCCUAGUGGUGCCUCCUUUCUGGUGACUCUGGCUAGCCCCUCCAUAUUAUGUCUGCACUCCGAAGGAAAUUCGGGGACGAUUACCAGGUAGUGACCACCUCUUCCAGUGGCUCAGGCUUCCACCAGCAGCAAGCGGCAGCAGCUGCUCCUAGAAGAAAGAGGCAGCGAUUUGUGGACAAGAAUGGUCGUUGCAAUGUGCAGCAUGGCAACUUGGGCAGCGAGACAAGCCGCUACCUGUCGGACCUGUUCACCACCCUGGUGGACCUCAAGUGGCGCUGGAAUCUCUUUAUCUUCAUUCUCACUUACACUGUGGCCUGGCUCUUCAUGGCCUCCAUGUGGUGGCUCAUUGCCUACAUGCGGGGUGAUCUGAACAAAGCCCAUGAUGAUAACUACACUCCCUGUGUGGCCAAUGUCUACAAUUUCCCCUCUGCCUUCCUGUUCUUUAUUGAAACUGAGGCUACCAUUGGCUACGGCUACCGCUAUAUCACUGACAAAUGCCCCGAGGGUAUCAUCCUUUUCCUCUUCCAGUCCAUCCUGGGCUCUAUCGUGGAUGCCUUCCUCAUUGGCUGCAUGUUUAUCAAGAUGUCCCAGCCUAAGAAGCGGGCAGAGACACUGAUGUUCAGUGAGCAUGCUGUCAUCUCCAUGCGGGACGGCAAACUUACCCUUAUGUUCAGGGUAGGCAACCUUCGCAACAGCCACAUGGUCUCAGCGCAGAUCCGCUGCAAGCUACUUAAAUCUCGGCAGACACCUGAGGGCGAGUUCCUCCCUCUUGAUCAACUUGAACUGGAUGUAGGUUUUAGCACAGGGGCAGAUCAACUUUUUCUUGUUUCCCCACUUACGAUCUGCCAUGUGAUUGAUGCCAAAAGCCCCUUCUAUGACCUCUCUCAGCGAAGCAUGCAAACUGAACAGUUUGAGAUUGUCGUCAUCCUCGAGGGCAUUGUGGAAACAACUGGGAUGACAUGUCAAGCCCGAACUUCGUAUACCGAAGAUGAAGUUCUCUGGGGUCACCGUUUUUUCCCUGUGAUUUCCUUAGAGGAAGGAUUUUUUAAAGUAGACUAUUCCCAGUUCCAUGCAACAUUUGAAGUCCCUACUACGCCCUACAGUGUGAAAGAACAGGAAGAAAUGCUUCUUAUAUCUUCCCCUUUAAUAGGAUCAGCUGUAAGUAACAGUAAAGAAAGGAAUAAUUCUGUAGAAUGUCUAGAUGGUCUAGAUGACAUUAGUACAAAGAUACCCUCAAAACUGCAGAAAAUGACUGGAAGGGAAGACUUUCCCAAAAAACUACUAAGGAUGAGUUCUACAACCUCUGAAAAGGCCUACAGCAUUGGGGAUUUACCUAUGAAACUUCAGCGAAUAAGCUCAGUUCCUGGCAACUCAGAAGAGAAACUGGUAUCUAAAACUACAAAGAUGAUGUCAGAUCCUAUGAGUCAGUCUGUGGCUGAUUUGCCACCAAAGCUUCAAAAAUUGUCAGGAGGAGGAGCUAGAAUGGAGGGAAAACUUCCACCCAAAUUGAGGAAAAUGAAUUCUGAUCGCUUUACAUAACAAGAAUAGACAUUUAGAUAUUAUUUAAAGUUUGAAUUAUUAGUCAAUCCAAUUUGGGCAGGAAAGCAAACUCUCUGAAAAGAGUAUAGUAGCUAAAAGGUGAAAGUUUCCUAAGCACUACAUGCAAACUGGGACAGCAGUGUUCUUCCCAGAUAAUGAUGUACUGUAAGUGUAAUGUUCUGAUUAAAAGACCUGAAGUCCUGACUGAGGUCAUAGGAGAGCAAAUAUUAAUUGGCAUGUAGUAUCACAACAAGCAUGCAAUAAUAGUGUGCAAUUUUUGCAUAUAGUUUUCUGGCAUGAUUCUUACUAUAUUUAUAUUGUAUAUUCUGAAAAUAUGUAAAGGGGGGUGUUAUUCUCUCCUAUAUUUCUUAAGGGUAAGUAGUAGGUAAAACAUGCGUAGGAAACUUUCAGGGCAAGUUAUAAUUUAAUUUAAAGUGUAUUUAUUUUUUCUGAUGUAGAUUGUGAUGUUUUGUUCAAACAAAGUAGUUAUGGUGCAUGUUUUCUUUCUUAAAAUAAGGCUAUAAGCAUUAGUCAAUUCCAAACACCAAAUUUCUUAGCCUUAAAUUAUUUGCCAUUUUAUAAUUUGCUUUAAUAAUUUCUUUGUUUUUUUUCCUGCCAUUACAAUGCUGGGAGAAUUUAAAGUGUACUUCAUAAGAGGUGUUAGCAAAAAAUUGUACUAUUUAGGGCUGGGCAAAAUAUCUCAAACAGAGUUUCCGUUUUAAGUACAAAAUUUUAAAUAAAAUCAUGAGAUCAUUUUGUUUCAUGACUAAUAAUAUUAGUGUAACAAAACAUUCAAAAUGGGCACAUUUGCUUGAUUUUCUAAUGUAAGUAGUAUCAAUCUGAUAGGAAAAUGUAAAAUCAACUACUUAGACUUUCUGGGUGAAAUUUUGUCCCAAUUACAUCAAAGGCGAAAUACUGAUUAGCUUCAAUGGGGCUGGGUUUUCACCCUCCACAUUUAGGACCCAGUCAUGCAAACUGUUACUUGUGCAUCAAUGGGACUACUUGUCUGAUUAGGGACUACUCAUUUGAGUAAGAGUCUGCAGGAUCUUUUGCUUUAGUUUUCCAACCAAAUUGGAAUCUCACAAUCAGAAUUAUUUUUCUGAAUUUUCAAAAAUUGCUAAAUCCUUUACUGAAACACCAAAAAAAUGUUAAUGCUCUCUUAUUGUCCACUAAGUCCAUCUAGGCAACUUUUCCCUCUCUUUUAGGGGAAUUUUUCCCUCUUGCGUUCUAUAUGGUGAUAAUAUUUUAAAGUGAUAAAAAUACAUUUAGAUGUAUUUUGAAGUGCAAAAGGUCAAUUCUUCAUAAAUGUAUUUUUGAACUUGUUUUAUUUUUCAUUUCACUUCAUUCUAAAUUCUCUUGGCAGAGAUGAGCCAGCCUGGUAGGCAUAGUAUAGGUACCUCCAGCCAACCAUGGGUAGGUAGCAUUUUGGUACCUAUCCUCUAUUUGGAGUUGUCCCAGUUCUUCCACUAAAAGUUGAACUUCUAUAUAGUGUACAUCACAGCAUCUGAAAACACUCAUUUGUUGAUGCUAUAUCAUUACUAGAAGUGGUGCUUUGGCACAGUUCCUGCAUCUGGUUUGGAGUUUCAGGAAUAGGUCUGGCUUUCUGGGUAUCUUCAGGCAGUGAGAAUUUCUAUCUUGGCUCAUCUCUAUUCUGUUCAUAAAAGGGUCAGUGUGAUUAAUUUGACCAUAAAUGUGUAGCUGGUGCACUUUUGGAAACAGGGUAAUUAAAUAAGACAACAGCAAAAAUAAUACACCUCUACCCCAAUAUAAUGCUGUCCUCGGGAACCAAAAAAUCUUACCGCAUUAUAGGUGAAACCGCGUUAUAUUGAACUGGCUUUGAUCCGCCGGAGCACUGCUUUACCACGUUAUAUCCAAAUUCGUGUUAUAGCGGGUCAUGUUAUAUUGGGGUAGAGGUGUAGUAAUAAUUACUACUAAUCCUGAUAUCAAAGUUUGGGAUGUAAUUUUUAUGUAAUUAUCCAAAAGUAUGGUAGUUCGGGACCGCAGUGAACAAGAAUCUUUUUACUUUUAGAACAUACACUGUUAUGGUGUUAACUGUGUGGUGUUAACUGAUUUCAAUCAUGUAUUGGCAGUUCUGACUCAAAAGGCUUUGGACCAUCUUAAGUGAGAGAGUGCACAUUUGUAGGACUGUAUAAAGAAGUAAUAAUAAUAGUAGAUCUACCAAUAUCUGGAAAAAAUAUUUUAUUUUAUUUUGUAAUUGGUUGCAAGGAAUGAAAAAUAGGGAACCUACACUGCUAGGUACUCAGCACUGUUCACCAUCUGCCAAUUGUGUACUUAUGGAUUUCACAUUUACUUACCGAGUUUUUCAGAGUUUAUAAUGAUCUGUGAUCUACAUUGCAUGCUUGUUAGACCUUUGGCUAAACUGUCAGCCCUUUGCACAUUAUUUGGGGUGUGUAGUAGUACCAUGCUGUAAAUGCCUGGUGAGCAAAAUUGUGAUGUGUUAAAAGAUUAAUUCUGACAGCUUAGUUGUCCCCUUGUUGUUGAUACUUUACGACAGGCUUUCUUACAAAAUACAUUUGACAUCUGUGCCAUAAAAGUCUGAAAAUGUCCUGUCAAAGCAAUUUUUGGCACCUCUUAUUCCAUUGUGUAAGUUUCUGCAGUGUGGAAGUUGGGCUUUUUAAAAAAAAAUCUUACCCUUAAGAUAUUUGCUUUAACUUUAGCAUUUGCUUUUGGGAAACGUGAGAGAAAAUUUGUGCCAGAAUAUCAAGUAUAUUUUAAAAAAGUAAAUAAAUUAUGCUAGUGGAACCUGAAUACAAAUGGUAUGAGAAUUAGAAUUAUUGAUAAAGUGCAAGUGAACCACAAAUUACUUAGGUCGUGUCUACAUGACAGUUUGAUUGGCGUGCAGCUGCAGACUUUUGAAUACACUUGGGCACACGCACACUUGUGGUGAGUAUGCACAGUGCCAACACAAGCACCCAAGUAUAAAAUGGGGUGCACCAGAGGUAGGUAUCCCAGUAUGCCCCAUGGCACCAUCUGGUGCAAUGCCUUGUGGGAUAUUUUUACUGGGCUUUGUGAAAUACCAGGGAUUUCUGGGAACUAGGGGUCAAUUUUCCACCAUGCCACUGUCUUCGUCCUGUAGUGCUUGCCCCAAUCCCAUAAUUUUUGCACCAUUUUUAAAAACUUCCACAGUCCUGCAAACUGCUUUCCCGUCUCUGCCAUCUCUGGCAAAAGCCUGGACCCUGCACAGCUCAGCACAAUUCUCAUGAGCUUUGCUAAUACAAGACGAACAAUUCUCCAGUAUUUGCAGAACUUGAAUGAGUACUACAAUUGGUCAUGUAGUGAGGAAGAUGCAGAGAUGUUGAAGCACAAUAACUGGAUACAGAUAGACAUAGCUGGGGGAGGGAGGGAGAUCCAGAGCAACUCCACAUGGUGAAUCUCUCUGUCUGGGCCUGAGAAACUAGCACUGAUUGGUGAGAUUGCAUCGUAAUGCAGGUUUAGGAUGACUAGCAGUGGCUGCGGAACUUUUGGAUGCAAAAGGCCAUGUUCCUGGAUCUUUGUGGCAAGCUCACUCCAACCCUCCAGUGCAGACACACCAAAAUAAGAGCUGAAUUGACAGUGGAGAAGCAAGUGGCAAUUGCAUUCUGGAAACUUGCAAUACCAGAUUGCUAUCAAUCAUUGGCAAUCAUGUUGCAGUUGAAAAAUCCACAGGGGGAGCCACGGUCAUCCAAAUGUGUAAGGCCAUUAAGUGUGUCCUGCUGCACAGGACUGUGACUUGGCAAUGUGCAGGAAAUAGUGGCUGGACUUUCAGCAAUUGGGUUUCCAAACAGUGAUGGGGUGACGGACAGUAUAUCUUGCCAGUGAAUACAUCAACAGAAAGGUAUACUUUUAAGUGUGGCUGAUCCUGUGGUUUUCACAGGUCAGUGUAUGUGUAGCCAUGGUUCUCCUGGUUUUCCCCCAGUGUGGAGUAGCAGCAGUAAAGAUGUAUACCAUAUUGCCACUUGUUAUGUGGGGGGGGGGUGGGUAUCAGACCAUGGUGUUUUCCAAGGACUGGAAAAGCUACUGAGUCUGAGGUCUCUGGGCAUAUAGGUCAGUAAUGCUCUGUAACAUCUAAGUUUGUUGUCAGAGUAAACCCAUCAUGUCCUGAUGCAUUUCCAAGUAUGCCUUUUGGUCCUUUUCCUUCUCCUGCAGCAACCUGCUUUCUCCAUUCUUGGUCUUUCUCCAUUGUCACGGUCAUAUGGCUUCUCCAAGCCCUGUGUUUUCAGUCUGAGUUUGUAGAGGAUUGGAAGAUCUCGCAGAACAUAUUCUUCCGAGUCCGCUACUUUCUCCUCCUGAUCAGGAUCAAAUAUUCAGCAGAUCUGGAGUGGGGCACCUCUCGAGACUACCAGGUCAGAGGUUGCUGAUUAAAACAGACCGAUAUUGCAUUAGAUUUAUAACCACAAUGGAAAGGGAAUGAUAAGUCUAAAAUCUCUCAUAUGUUAUUCUCUGUAAUAAGAAAUGUUAGUUUUCACUUAAGUUUUGGAGCGUCUCGCUACAGCACCGCUCUGCAGCUCAAGCCAUGGUGAGUAGGGGUGUGGGGUUAUUCUUUUGCAUGGAAGGUUUAAAUGCUAGGUGCCCCUGGGUGUGGGUAUAGGCAAAGUGCAGUGAAUAUUGGCAGUUUUUUUCACCGGCAGUGAUAACUUUGGCUGAUUAUCUCAGCACAGACAACCCUACUGCAAAUGGCAUCCCAAAACUGCCUGGGCCCGUAUGUUGCGCAGAUAGCUUAUUUAUUGCAAUGGUGCCAGCCAAAUGCAACACAGAGUGUCAUGGUAAAAUCUCAUAUCGGGGGUGAAGAAAAAAGGCUGUCAUCCCUAGAAAGGUUUGGGAGAGGAUCGCAGAGUUUCUCUAUGGACAUCCCUGUUUAGAUUAACAAAGUUCUCUGCAUGACCCCCUGCCCAGCCCGACAAACCAAAGAAUAAAAAAGCAGAUGCUGAUUCUACCUCUGUUUGUUCUACCUCUGCCUGAGCACAGGGCAAUAAUCUGAUUUGAAUUGUGUAAUCAGACUGCCAUAAUACUCUUUCUGAAUUUAUUCUCUAUCAUUUUUUUCUAACAUUAUACCAGUUUUUGUUCUCUACAGUUGCUGAUGAGAUGGGCACCCUUUUUUAAAUGGGGAAGAAGAGCUAGAUGGGAGGGAGAUGAGAUUACUGACAAUGAAAAGGGAAAUGAUUAUAAAGAAUAAUGCCUGUACACACUUACCCACACUCCCUUCCCAUCAGUCAGCUCAUAUGCGUUCACAUGGUGGGACUGGUUUGAGUUUGGUGGAAAUUCAAACUGCUUGUGGCAUGGUUUUUCCCCUUCUCCUUCCAACAGGUCUGCAUUCAGGCUCCUGCAAAACAGAAUGCAGAGUGCUGGCAGGGUCACUGCCAAGUAUGACCUGCAGGUCAUUCUAAAAAUGGCAGGUCUACAAGGCAGCAUCAGAUUUCUUGUUGCCUCCCUCCCCUUCUGGUAUCCCUGGCAAAGUUACUUCAUUUUCACACAGCACUGCUGGUCAUCUCUGUUGUGCUGCAGUUUCAGUAUCGCCAGUGGAAUUUGCACAUAGAUGUCUAUAUUUCCAUAGCUUUUACAGUCUCUUCUCUCCACAGGCCAAGGAGAUCCAAGACUACUUGUUUACUCCAGGUAGGAGCAUGUCUAGUAGCAUCUGUGUGCAGAGCCAGCAUGGCCAGAUGCACACAACAAAGGUGAGCUGGUAGGUGUGCUUGCCAAGGUAGGCAAUCAGGAAGAGUCAUUUCAGAAUCACAUGGGAGGUGCUGAUGCGGAGGUGGGAUGGUUAAGGGAUUCCAGUCUCUCUGACCGUUGGCAGUGGAGUUCAAAAUUUGUUACGGGGAUAUGCAUAUUGUGAGACAGUUGCUGGAGGACUGCUAGGAUCAAUAGAGGUAAUUCAGUAUUUACACUUGCACUGCAUCAACCUAAGUAGGCCAACCGUGGCUCUCUGACACUCAGGAAGGUAGUACUGUCUGAUGGGCACUUAUGUUGGUAGGAGAUAGGCUUUGGUUUAGACACGUGCACAACUAGGGUCAACACAAGUGGACUUAAGUUGACCUAACUUUGUAGUGUAGACCAGGCCUUAGUAAUCUGAAGAAAUCAUGCUUUGAAAUUGGAAAGUACUGUCCUUAUUAUGUUAUGUUUGAUGCUGCAAAAUAUUUUGAUAAAUAUUCAGUUAUGAUUAAUUCAAAAUACCUAAUUUUUUAUAUAAAACAUUCAUCCUUCCCUGCUGCGAAUAAGGCUGCUGAGUCCUGUGGCAUGUACUGGAAUAUAAUGUAUGUUAAAACUAAAAUAUUGAUAAGUGCAAACAAACAUGAAUAAUAAAUUAGUUUGUAAUUUUUUUUUAAGAAAUUGAAGUUAUUCUGGGUUAAUAUUUAAUUUCUGUUAGCAUAGCCACUUCUCUCAUUUCAUCAUUUUUGUUUUUGCCCAGCCCUAGUGCUUAAGCUAAAAAAGUAUUUCUUUCUGACUGCACAGCAGGUCUGUGUUCUCUACUGCUGAAUUUAUGCUUGAAUUAUAUUGUAAAUUGUAUAUAUUCAAAUUAGAAUCCACUAAUUGCAUUUUCUGGCAUGCAAUCUAUAAUUGUAUAAAUGUACAAGUUUAUUUGGAUUAUACAAAAUUACAAACUCUUGUAUUCGUUAAUACUGCAAGCUCAGUUUUAUCUAAAGCUAUAUUAAACUUUCAAAAAUUGUUGGGUUUAAACGUCAUAGUGUACUUGUCAUUUAUCAAAUGUACCCUAAGUAUAUUUUUUAACAAAUGAAUAAAUAUUCAGGGUUUU